AUGAGGCUGCAAGAUGAGAACGACACUCAUAUCACGUCGACGGACAGAACCGAACAUGACGCCCUCACAGGGACGGAGGACAUAGCGCCUAUUGAACUGAAUCAUCAGAAUCCCGAACCGGCUGAACCCUUACUUAACGUACCACCUGGCUAUAGACCGCGACGAGCCGGAAAUCUGCAUGACAGCAUCCAGCGUAAGACCACGGCCGGUCUGCGAAUCGCCUCACUAAAUAUAAAUGGACGGGGCGCAAACUCCAUCAUGCAUAUAGGCCACAAGUGGCAUGACUUAUGGCGUCUCAUGAAAGAACAGAGAAUCAACGUCAUUGGACUACAAGAGACCCACCUAAACAAUGACUACCUUCCCGAACUGCAGACCUUCUUCAAAGGAAAACUAAAAGUCUUUAACUCUAUCGAAGAAGAUAAACCAAACGAGAAAGGGGUUGCGAUAGUUCUCAACACGAGACUCACCAACACAACGGAUAUUGAAGUGCACGACAUAAUACCCGGGCGUGCCAUAAUGGUCGUACUCGCGUGGCAUGGUGUCCUGAAGCACGCCAUCCUCAAUACAUAUGCACCAGCCACAAACGCACCAGAUCGACGUAGGUUCUGGAUACAACUUACCCAAACAAUGAUCAAUAAGAACCUCCCAGCGCCAGACACUCACCUAGGCGACCAUAAUAUGGUGGAGGACGGCAUCGACCGACUACCGUACAAAGCCCCACGCUCGCAAUCCUGCUUGCAAGCCCUACACGACUUUAAGAACACCUUCCAUCUGUUAGACGGCUGGAGAGAGCUUAAUCCGGACUCCAAAAUGUAUACGCACGAGUACACCGGUGGCGGCCGCGCCAGGCUGGACAGGAUCCACGUAACAAAGGCCACCCUAGAACGGAGCCACAGUUGGAAGUCCGAGAGUGUAGGAUCCCUAACCGACCACGACCUUGUUAGCUAUGUCAUGACGAGCGACGAUGUUCCCUUUAUCGGGAAAGGAAGAUGGGCAAUCCCACUCUACCUCCUGACUCACCGGCGACUACUAGACCAAAUUUGCGAGAAAGGCAACGAAAUGCAACUCGAACUCGAGCGCGGCCAACGAGGUGAUUGGAGAAGUCGUUCCCCCCAAGAAGCCUGGGUUGACUUUAAGGAACAAACUGCAAAAAUGGCGAGAGAUCUCGCGAAAAUCGCCCUGCCGAAGCUAGAAAAAGACAUCGGCGAGUGGUCCGCUCGACUGAAGGCGCUUGAGAACGAUACGUCCCUUCCAGAUCACGAUCGUCAGCACGCUGGAGCUCUCAUACGAGCGAAGCUGAGUGAACUCUACGACACGAAGAAUGGCAGAGCAAAGAGCAAGUCCGCCGCAGCGGAUUUCGUCUUAGGCGAAACCCUGAGCGCGUACUGGACAAAACUGAACAAGGACCACAGACCGCGUGAGAUCAUGUAUCGACUCAGGAAGCGGGACACGAACGAACCCUCUUUUGUCACGAAGUCCGUCGAUAUGGCUGAACUCGCAAGGGACUACCACGACAACCUACAGAAUGAAGGAAUGCCUGAAAACACAGAUGAGUGGACCGACGCGAUCGACAAUGUGAAGACAUACGUCAAGCGACGCAUCUCAGCUGACCAGAAGAGACAGAUGGCAGAGAAUCUCUCCGAGGACCAGGUCAGAGCAGCCGUGAAGGCGUCCCCGACGAACAAAGCUGCAGGAUUGGAUGGAAUCCCAUCGGAACUCUGGAAGGCGUUAGACCGUAAGCGUGCAGCGGAAAAAGAUAAGGAUAUACGUACCUUCGACAUCAUUAAAUGCAUGACCAUUGUAUACAAUGACAUCGAGAAGAGGGGCCUGCAAAAAGGCAGUAAGUUUGCGGAGGGAUGGAUGUGCCCGAUAUACAAGAAAAAAGCGAAGGACGACAUAGCAAACUAUCGCCCGAUAACAGUCUUGAACACGGACUACAAGAUAUUCACUAAAGCACUUUCCGUCAAACUC